ACGUGAUGAUGCAAUUGCUGAACUUAAGGCUGAAAUAGUAAAACUAAGGGAUGACAAUGAGGAAACAAACAAUAACCCUUUCUUCAAUCAGAGAUUUCAGAAAAUGAGCAGAAUACCAUUAUUCUGGUUUCGAAUAUAUGUGAGAAGGCAGUCAUGA